AUGCAGUCAGUUCCUUCAAAGGGCCCUUUGUUUAUUUUCAGGAAGAAACCCAAGACAGCUGAAAACCAGAAGGCAUCUGAGGAGAAUGAGAUUACUCAGCCGGGUGGAUCCAGCGCCAAGCCGGGCCUUCCCUGCCUGAACUUUGAAGCUGUUUUGUCUCCAGGCCCAGCCCUCAUCCACUCAACACAUUCACUGACAAACUCGCACGCUCAUCCCGGGUCAUCUGACUGUGACAUCAGUUGCAAGGGGAUGACCGAGCGCAUUCACAGCAUCAACCUUCACAACUUCAGCAAUUCCGUGCUCGAGACCCUCAACGAGCAGCGCAACCGUGGCCACUUCUGUGACGUGACGGUGCGCAUCCACGGGAGCAUGCUGCGUGCACACCGCUGCGUGCUGGCCGCCGGCAGCCCCUUCUUCCAGGACAAGCUGCUGCUGGGCUACAGCGACAUCGAGAUCCCGUCGGUGGUGUCGGUGCAGUCGGUGCAAAAGCUCAUUGACUUCAUGUACAGCGGCGUGCUGCGCGUCUCGCAGUCGGAAGCCCUGCAGAUCCUCACGGCCGCCAGCAUCCUGCAGAUCAAAACGGUCAUCGAUGAGUGCACGCGCAUCGUGUCGCAGAACGUGGGCGAUGUGUUCCCGGGGAUCCAGGACUCAGGCCAGGACACGCCACGGGGCACUCCCGAGUCGGGCACCUCGGGCCAGAGCAGCGACACCGAGUCAGGCUACCUGCAGAGCCACCCGCAGCACAGCGUGGACAGGAUCUACUCAGCGCUGUACGCCUGCUCCAUGCAGAACGGCAGCGGUGAGCGUUCCUUCUACAGCGGCGCCGUAGUCAGCCACCACGAGACUGCGCUCGGCCUGCCCCGCGACCACCACAUAGAAGACCCCAGCUGGAUCACGCGCAUCCACGAGCGCUCGCAGCAGAUGGAGCGCUACCUGUCCACCACCCCCGAGACCACGCACUGCCGCAAGCAGCCCCGGCCCGUGCGCAUCCAGACGCUGGUGGGCAACAUCCACAUCAAGCAGGAGAUGGAGGACGACUACGACUACUACGGGCAGCAGAGGGUGCAGAUCCUGGAGCGCAAUGAGUCUGAGGAGUGCACGGAAGACACCGACCAGGCCGAGGGCACCGAGAGCGAGCCCAAGGGCGAGAGCUUCGACUCGGGCGUCAGCUCCUCCAUAGGCACCGAACCCGACUCCGUGGAGCAGCAGUUCGGGCCCGGGGCGGUGCGGGACAGCCAGGCCGAACCCGCCCAACCUGAGCAGGCCGCGGAAGCCCCGGCUGAGGGCGCCCCGCAGCCGCACCAGCUAGAGACCGGUGCCUCCUCCCCCGAAAGAAGCAACGAGGUGGAGAUGGACAACACGGUGAUCACUGUCAGCAACAGCUCCGACAAAAGUGUCCUGCAGCAGCCUUCGGUCAACACGUCCAUCGGGCAGCCAUUGCCAAGUACCCAGCUCUACUUACGCCAGACCGAAACCCUCACCAGCAACUUGAGGAUGCCUCUGACCUUAACCAGCAACACGCAGGUCAUUGGCACAGCCGGUAACACCUACCUGCCGGCCCUCUUCACUACCCAGCCGGCGGGCAGCGGCCCCAAGCCUUUCCUCUUCAGCCUGCCGCAGCCCCUGGCAGGCCAGCAGACCCAGUUUGUGACAGUGUCCCAGCCCGGCCUGUCGACCUUUACUGCACAGCUGCCAGCGCCACAGCCCCUGGCCCCAUCCGCAGGCCACAGCACAGCCAGUGGGCAGGGCGAAAAGAAGCCUUAUGAGUGCACUCUCUGCAACAAGACUUUCACCGCCAAACAGAACUACGUCAAGCACAUGUUCGUACACACAGGUGAGAAGCCCCACCAAUGCAGCAUCUGCUGGCGCUCCUUCUCCUUAAAGGAUUACCUUAUCAAGCACAUGGUAACACACACGGGAGUGAGGGCGUACCAGUGUAGCAUCUGCAACAAGCGCUUCACCCAGAAGAGCUCCCUCAACGUGCACAUGCGCCUCCACCGGGGCGAGAAGUCCUAUGAGUGCUACAUCUGCAAAAAGAAGUUCUCCCACAAGACCCUCCUGGAGCGACACGUGGCCCUGCACAGUGCCAGCAACGGGACCCCUCCUGCGGGCACACCCCCGGGGUCCCGCACUGGCCCCCCCGGGGUGGUGGCCUGCACGGAGGGGACCACCUAUGUCUGCUCCGUCUGUCCAGCGAAGUUUGACCAAAUCGAGCAGUUCAACGACCACAUGAGGAUGCACGUGUCUGAUGGAUAA